AUAAAUAUAAUAUACAAUAUAUGUAUAUAGACACUCCUAUGCAAUUAUUGUGUUAGUAACAACGUUUGACGUAUGUUUACACAUGUAAUGCCCCCAAAGAAUAUUGGCUCUUCAGAUAAACGAAAGUACAACAAAUCAUCUUCAGAGAAAAGUUGCUAACAAAACAAACGCCAUGUGGCAUAUCAAUUAACCAACUAUUAAGUCAUUUAUAAUCCAUUGUAUGCUCGACGUGAAUGUGUAUAAAUACAACUCGGCUUUUACAAGUAAGACCUCACAAAGACAAGAGUUCUCGAGACGCGGAAAACAUAUAGAGGGAAAGAAACACAUACCUCAAAAGCGCAAAACACAAACCGAAGAAGAGUAUAUUUUUAUUUUUCUCCUACAAAUUAAACACAGUAUGGUGUCUCAGAAGCUGGAGUUUUGCAUCGAAUUAGUGAAGAUGGCAGUCGUUCUUGUCGCCACCGUGGCUGAAUCAGUAGAAGAAGCUUUCCGUAAGCCUCAUCCGCCGCUUCCGGCAGUUCAUGACGGUCGCCGGAACAGUUACGCCAACGUUCCCAUUCCUCUCGUUGGAUUCAUGUGAUGAGUUUUUUUUUUUUUUUUGGUUUUUGCCUCGUUAAAGUUAGUAGCUCUCGUGCCAUGUGGCGUUUUGGAAGUUGUUGAUUUGUGUAUAAGUUUAACCGGAAGAAUCAUGAAGAGUUACAGAUGAAUAAAAACGUCGACUUUUAUAAAAAAAUUAAGUACUAAUCGGUUUAACUUUCUUUAAGAACCUGUGAAGCUACUAAGCAUAAGUUUGAGUAACCAUGUUCUUUACACGAAUUCAGGUCUCAGUUAAAAAUUUGAAAUAUGUAACAAUGUUCAAAUUCAUAUAAUGAAUAGAUUGGUGAAAUUAAUUUCCUUUCAAUUUAAAUUUACAUAUAUUUACAGAAAUAGGUUUCAUCUAGUUUUUUUUUGGGAAAUUUAAAGCAAAGUGUUUUUCAUAAGAUAAAUUUUGAUUUUUAAUCUUCUCAUGAUCCAUAAGUCAACUUAGUUAGUUAAGAAACAAUAGUUUAGAUACUCCUUGCAAAUUGCAACAAUCUUCACUUAUAGUUUUUUUUCUGACCAAUGGUGCUAUAUAUACGUCGAUCCCAUCGACUACUCUAUUGAUAUCAUUUCAAUUCUACGAAUUAAGUGGAAUUACUUAAUCACUUAGAUCUUUGAUUUGUUAUUUAAAACCCUAAUUCUCUUAUUUUCGGGUCACUUUGCUUUUUCAAGGUUUAAUUAUGGAUUGUCUUAGCUAGGUUUGUGAAAACUUGGGCACGGUGAAAUAAAACUCAUGAUUUCCAUUAGUUUGUAUUAUAGUUUUCUUCCAUUUGGGUGAGCUUAAUAUAAUUUGAUUUUGUAUUAGUUUUGAAUAUGAAUUAGGGCGAACAUAUUGUUGUAGGGAGCAAUAACCCAUGGUUUUUUUGUAAAUAUCGCAAACUUAAUAACAUACAUACAGAUUCCACUUAUGUAAUAAACAACUACCAAUAAUUCGAGAAUAAAUAAGUAACUAUUAAUCAUUAUCAUAUGCACUUUAUAAUCAGCACUUUUUGAUCUUUUGUAACGAGAAGCUUUUGAUUCCUCAUAAUAAAGUAUCAACAUACAUCAUGUGAUGGAUACGUGUGUAUUUAUUAAACAAGAUCUUAGUAAGCCUUUACAGUGACAAGAAGAACAUACGAAGUUUGUAAGUUUUAACCAUGCAAGCUAAUCUGAAUAUUUAUAAAAGUUUAAAUCAGAAACAACAUCAAACUGUCUUCAUGUCAUCGUGUCCUAUUGGUGCAGAAUUUUCAUAUCCUGGUCCAUAUUCAACCAACCCCUUAUGUUAGCAGUAGCGCAUAAGCAUAUAAAUUAUAUAUUUCACUAAUUCAUAACAGAAAUACAUAUAGGUAUAUAUUAACGUGGAUUAUAUAUAUACCCAAACAUGUUUUUGUUUUUGAUAAAUGUAUACAUGAACAUGUUACCAAACGACCUCUUUAUUUGAAUGUUAAGAACGAAAACCAAAUGGAAGUAUAAACGUGACGGACAUCGUGGUUUUGGAACACCACGUCGGUGACCGCCGGUUUAAAAAAAAACUUAAUUUAACGGAGGCUGGCCUAGAGAGAAAGGAUAUGAUUACUUAACAAUAUAUUCUAAAUUCGAUUUAAUUAAGCAUACACCAAAUUUCUGUUCAUUUCAUAUGUUGUACUUGUUACACGCGAACAAUUUGACGCCCACAUCCACCAAAGCAACAACUAAAUCAAACAAAAUCGAAAACUUUAAGUGAUUUUUCACUUUUGUUGAUCCAGUCAUCAUGUUGGUAUUAGAAUCUGCAAAUGGGAUUCCCUAGAAUCCAUACACUGUCUUUUUUUAGCAACUCCCUGCACUUCUAAUGGUUACUUUAUAAAUGUUUUAUACUUUUCGUAGGUACAAUCCUUUAAAAAUAAUCACCACUGACACAAUAUAAUAUUUGAUCUUGAAAGAUAAAUCUAGGGUGAACUCCAAUAACUACCACGAAAACAAGUGGCAUGUGUCUCAUGGGCUCUUAGAACAUAUGGUUUGCUAAUUUUGGUGAUUUGUUUAGUUAAUUAAGCUUGAAGCUUUAAGUUUGUGAAACAAUAUUUUAGAUACUCCUAGCAAGUAGCAACAAUCUUCUUAAAUAUUUUUUUCUCAUGUAUGCAUCAUUUGAGUUUGGUGCUACAUCCCAUCAGACUAUUCUAUUGAUUUUCAUUUCAAUCCCAUUAAGUAAAUGGCAGUUACUUACUCACCCCGAUCUUUGUUUUGGUAUUUGAAACCCCUACUUUUUAAAGGUUUAGUUAUGGAUUGUAUUAGCUAGGUCUGUAAAAGCUUGGCACAGUGAAAUAAAACUAUUCGUUUUCAUUAGUUUGGAUUAUAGUUAGUUUUCUUCCAUUUGAUAAGUUUGUAUUAAAGUAGGUUUGGAUGAGAUUUGAAUAUAAAUUAGGACGAUCAUAUUGUUUUGGCAGCAAUCAUGUUGUUAUUUGCAAAUAUCUCAAACUUAAUGACUUAUCCAGAUUCCACUUUAUGUAAUAAAAAACUACCAAUCAUUCGAGGAUAAAGAAAUAGCUAGAUGCACUUUAUAUUCAAACACUUUUUGAUCUUUUCUAAUCAGAACCAUUUGAUUCCUCAUAAUAAAGUAACAAAUUACAUCAUGUGAUGUGUAUGUAUGUAUAUACUAAACACGAUCUUAGUCAGCCUUGCACUACCGAGGGGAAACAUACGAAGUUUUGCAUGUUUUUUUUUUUGUAUGCAUAUGUUAAGAAAACAAAUUUGAAAUAUUAUUCACGCAGGUUAAUCAAAAUAUUCAUUAAAUUUCCUAUAGAAAACAACAUCAAAUUGUCUUCAUGUCCUCGUGUCCUAGUGAUGCAAAAUUUUCAUCCUGAUCCAUACUCAAGAAAUCCCGUAUGCUAUUAAGUAAUAGCAUAACUAUGUAACUGAUAUAUGUUUUCACGUGGAUUAUAUACAUGAGCAUGUUUUUUGUUGAGAAAUAUAUAUACGUGAACAUGGACCAUUUAAACUAUCUCUUUAUAGAAAUCGUAAACCAUGACCAUUGGUUGGAAUAUAACUUUAAAUUUUGUACUAUAAAAAUUUGGCUGUAUAAAUUUUGUUAUAGAUCUAUCUGAUGUAACUGUACAUUUUUCUUGCAGCCUAUAAAUGAUUUGUUUUAGAAUUAGGGGUUUUACAGCUAUUUUUUGCUCUACUUUUAGAAAUUGAAUAUGAUUGAUAUUUUAAAGGCUAUAUAUAGAUAAAAGUUAAAGUUAAAGUAAAUAUUUUCCGUCAUCACUUCCCAAGUUAUAGACUUCUCGAAUAGUUUUUUUUUCUUUGCAAACUGACUUCUGGAAAAGUUAAUUAUCAAAAAAGCUCUCUGAUUUUAGAUUUAGGCUCCGAUUGGGGUUUUGCUUUAAAAGUUUUGACUCAAAUCUAAAGUUUUUAAAGUCUAUUUUUCACCAAUUAGAUUUUUCCUAAUUUUAAGGGUUCUAAAGUUUUCAAAGCCUUUUAUGUUUUUCUCUCUUCUUUUCAAAAAAAUGUCUACAUCUUCAUUCACGUGGCUUUGCAAACAAAAUAGAUUUCCUAUAUUUUAUUGCAAAUUUUUUUUUUUCUCUAUCCCACAAUAACUAAAAUACUUAUUCUACUUUAUAUUAAUUUUAUUAUAAAUUUGAUAAAUUAAUCAUUGUUAUUUUCUUCUUGUUAUUUUGAGAUCCAUAUUAUAUAACUUGGGUUUCAUAUAUGUUUUUAUUAUUAUUAUUGGCAUAAUUUUAUAUAUAUAAUAAAUGAUUUUUAAUAUUAUUUACUUUUAUGAUUUUGAUUAUUAAUUUUACUUUUUUAAUAUUUAAAAUAAUACUAACAGUUUUAACUAUCAAAAUCUCUACAGCCAACCAUCUAAAGCAACAAUUUAAAGCGAAAAUUCGUACCAAUCAGACCCUUACCCAAUUAGCUGAGAUAAUUAUGGUUGAUGAAUAUCCUGAUUUUUAGCUAUUAUAUAUAUUUUAAUUCGUGAUCAAAAUGGAAUAGGAGUCUAUAGAAACUCUUUCUCAGCAAAGAAGACUUGGCAAGUUAUAAGAGUGAAACAUCAAAGUUGCUACUGGCAUAAGAUGGUUUGGUUUAAGCAUGCAACACCAAAAUUCUCCUUUGUUCUAUAGACUGCAAUGCAUGAAAGGCUCCCAACUGGUGAAAGAAUGAGUAAAUGGAGCGGCAGUGUUAAUACAGCUUGUAUGCUUCGCCAAAAUUCGCAUGAGACAUUGACUCAUUUAUUCUUUGAAUGUCCAUACUCCUCUCAGCUAUGGGAGACUUUGAUUAAGGGAGUUAUGGGUAGUCAAUACAUUUCGAUCUGGAGAGGCAUAAUCAAAUUGGCUUUGGAUCACUCUCAGGGGAAGAUCAAGCUGUUCACUGUAAGAUAUGUUCUUCAAACAGCAGUACACACUAUUUGGAGAGAGAGAAACAAAGGAAGACAUGAGGAGGCUCCCUCGCCAGUGUGUUUGCUGAUCAAAGUGAUGGAUAAAAACAUGAGGAACAAAUUCUCCAUUAUAAGAAAAAAAAAAGGAGAUAAAGAAUAUGAAGGAGGAAUGAACUAUUGGUUCAGCACAUGAUGAAGUUUAUAGAAAAAAGAAGAUAUAAUCUUAUUUUACAAUUUAGAAAAAGUUACACUUAAUGUACAAGUUGUAGUACAACCCUUCUUUGCAUGCUCGUAUCUAGGAUAAGUAAAAGAAACCAUACUUGCUUGCACAUUUCUACAAUAUAUAUAUAUAUAUAUAUAUAUAUAUAUAUAUACGCCACUAAAGCGUUAGUAACAACGUUAGACAUAUACUUACACAUGUAAGUAAAAGAAAUGCCCCCAACGAAUAUUGGCUCUUCGGAUAAACCAAAGUACAAUAAAGCAUCUUCUGAGAAAUGUUGUUAGAGAAACAAUCGCCAAGUGGCAAAUCAGUCGACCAAUUAUUAUAUUUAUCAUAAUGCAUACGAAUAAUUGUAUGCCUCGACGUGAAUGUGUAUAAAUAUAACUCCGCUUUUACAAGUAAGACCUCACAAAGGCAAGAGUUCUCAAGACGCGGAAAAAAUAGAGUGAAGGAAUACAUACCUCAAAAGCGCAAAAAACCAAACCAAAGAACCGAAUCAUACAUUUUUAUUUUUCUCCUACAAAUUAAACACAGUAUGGUGUCUCAAAAGCUGGAGUUUUGCAUCGAAUUAGUGAAGAUGGCAGUCGUUUUUGUCGCCGCCGUGGCUGAAUCAUUAGAAGAAGCUUUCCGUAAGCCUCAGCCGGCGCUUCCGGUAGUUCAUGACGGUCGCCGGAACAGUUACGCUAACGUUCCCAUUCCUCUCGUUGGAUUCAUGUGAUGAGUUUUUUUUUUGGUUUUGGCCUCUUUAAAGUUAGUAGCUCUCGUGCCAUGUGGCGUUUUGGAAGUUGUUGAUUUAUGUAUAAGUUAAUUAAGAGAAUCAUUGAGAGUUACAGAUGAAUACAAUUUGGGGGUACUAAUACCUUUUAUAUUUAAGAUCUUUUGAAGCUA